AUGGCUUCAUCACUGCGCGACGCGCUCGUGGCCCGCCUCGCGGCACUUCCCAACACGACGCCGCUGGGCCUGACCGUCGUUGCUAGUUCGCCAAAGCGCACGACCCAGCUCUUUCCGCAUGCGCCGUCGGCCAGCGUGAGGUGUAUGGAGACCGAGUACCUUGUUGUGGUCCACUGUCGUCUCCCGCUUGCAGCUCUGGAACCUGCAGUCGAUCCUUUGAGCUCGCCAGCAGCCGAGGGGAAAGCAGACGAUGGCACGAACGAUGAGAGCUCCUCCACGGCUGUUCCAGAGCCUCCCACGAACGUUCUAGCAGCUGCAAUCUCGGCUCACGUCUACACCCUGCCAACAGGUGACGGUGUCCCAGCGGCCAGUAUUGUCUACAUCUCCAAGGUCGACUCAUCAGGCUACGCAGCGUCAGCCGGUCCCGUCACUCGGGAGCUGGCGAUUGGCGUGUUGUCCCACUUUCUGUCCCCGGCCACUCGCCCUACACCCCGCGUCACAGCAACGCUGUUCGCACGGUCGCAGGGCCAGUACCUUUUCCCCAACAGCGUCGAAGGCGGCGGCAAGCGCGUCUUGGGUGGUCUGGGUCUUUGUCAAUGGUGGAAGGGUGUAUACGAGAGUGCUGCCGAGGCACUGGUCACAGCGGGCGUCAAGACGAGCGACUUGCAUCUGAGAUACCUGUUACCGUCAUACUCGGCUUCCGAGGCCUCAGGAAUGCUUCGUGCACCGAUCCGCGCACCGCCAGUGGAAUGGGAGUACAAGCCGCCCUUUACUCAUCCCCUCCUUCCCACCGACACCCCGAGCCUCGCGACUCUCCUUCCUUCCCUCCCCGACGACCCGAAAACUCGUUUCCUGGAGGAACUCGUCGAUGCAGCUGUCGACAGGGUUACGGCGCCCAUCGGUCCUACAACGUCUUCCUCCUCUGCGGCCUCGACAUCGAACGCUACCGCUCUGGGCCCGACAACGUCCUCGUCUUCCAUCGUCUCGACCGCUUCCUCCACGCGCAAGCACAAGCACAACGAUCGCGAGCGUAUUCGCGCCGAAGCCGAGGAUGAGGAGGAGCGCAGGCGUGCUCACGCAGCUCUUUCCCGCGUUCCCGCCGACGAGUUUUGGGAGCGGAUAGGCUUCCGCCAAGAGUGUGCCAGUGGCGACGUCACGGGCUUUUUCAGUAUUAGCGUCGAGACUGAGGGAGAGACAGCAGCCAACCAUUUCGCGGCCAAGACCAAUGGCGCAUCAACGCGCACAGCCAUCCCUCAGCUUCUUGUAGAGCGCCUGUUAAAGUCCCUCCUCAAUACCGAUUUUGGCACGCGUGCGCUCGCCUGUGCUGGAACGGUCCACUGGUUGGAAUCCACCCAUGCGCUUGUAGCCGACGAGAUUGGGGAGGACGGCUGGACCGCAUGUGUCGCCAACGUCGGGGCUAAGGAAGGUGUGGAGCGUGUUGUCAAGCGCAAAGAGGAGGUUGUCACCAUGCUCCAGCCUCGCAAGAAGAAAAAGUAA